UUUAAGACAUCCAACAUAUAAAAGCAAGCAGAGCGGUUACGAGACCACCAAAAUUCCAAGUCAACUUCUUCCAACUCUCUGUCCAUCUCCGUCUGUCUGAAACUGAAAAUGUCCGACGGAGCUUUAACGGUCCUGGAUGGGUCCCACCUCCGAGCCAUUGAUUGCUCGUUGCCUUCGCCGGCGUCUGACGUUGCCCUAACCGGAGCUCGGGUUCUCGAAAUCGCUGACUCCAGAGUUUCGUCUUCUCACUUCGGUCUCUCCCUCCCUCAAAACCUCAAGUCCUCCGCACUCCGACGUAUCAACAUUCUCGACGACGCCGUUUUCCGAUCAUCGCAACUCGAUCCCGAGCAGGCUUCCGAUACGAUCAACCUCUACAUCACCGCCAUCGCCGAUCAAUUAAAAGAUGAUCCUCUUGUUGUAUCAAUCUUGGAUGGAAAGACUCUUAGGCUGUUUUUCGACGACGAAGAUGAUUUUGCUAUGUUAGCGGAGGAUCUUUUCACUGACUUAGAUGCUGAAGAUAAGGGAAAGAUCUGCAAGAGUGAGAUACGGAAUGCUCUUCUUCGUAUGGGUAUUGAGAUGGGUGUUCCUCCCAUUUCAGAUUUUCCUCUGCUAAACGAUAUCUUGAAGAAACAUGGGGCUGAUGGGAAAGAAGAAUUGGGCCAAGGACAGUUUGCGCAAUUACUUCAGCAAAUAUUGCAAGAACUAUCAGAGGUCCUAGCUGAAAAGAAUUUUGUGUUCAUCCAGAACAUCAAAAUCAUCAAUGGUUCCAAGCUCAGAAAGCUUUUGGCUGAUGAGGUGCAAUUGGGCAAAGUGGUGGAGAAGAUAUUCAAGGAAAAGCAUUCUGGAAAUGUUAGUUCAGGCGUUGCAGAAUUAACGAGGAGCUUUCUUGAGAAAAAUGGGAUAGAGUUGGGCUUACCGCCAUCUGAAGCCAAUGAGGCAGUGGUUCUUCUAUAUGAUGCUGUCUUUGCUGAUGUGCAGAACAAUAAGAGUGCUACCGAACUAGAAAGGGAUGAAUUUGCUAGUAUUGUGAAGGAGAUUCUUGGAAAAUUUGCGGAGCAGCUAGAAGCAAAUCCUGUUUUUCAUGAUCUUGAUCAGUAAGGGAGAGAAACAUGGAAAUUUGCAGAGCAGCUUGGAAGCUGAUACCCUGCAUGUUAGGCUCAGAGGCACAUUAUGUGCUUCGUUUUCUGCGCAGAAUCUCUCUCUGGGUUUCAAUGUUUAUUCGUCCAUCAUAACAUUUUAACUUGAAGAGGAUUACAGCGAUCACAUUGUACCGGCUCAUUCCUUCAUAGUCUUUUACUCUAUGUUUCAUACAGUACUUAAAUAGUAUGAGCCCCUUUGGGAGGCUGGAUUAGUAAUUUAGAUAUGAUAUAAUUCGACACAAGCUUUUGAUACGCACAUUUUAGAAACAAAAAUGAAAGGUUGAUACGGUUCGCUUUCA